ACAAGUGAUUAAAGAAUUCGUCAUUUGCGGUCCUAAAUCAUUUAAUAAUCAACUCAAGUUUACCCAGUUGUGUGUAUAAACAAUUGAUUAGAGAAGAUCAAGCUCGAGGGAAGCUUCGCGGUGGGAGCAAAACAAAAUGACAACGCCAUAUUGACAUCAUCUUGGCCAACCCAGUACCAUCUCUAACUUUUAUAUGCAUUUGAUAUGAUUUAAUAUACGCAGUCGCAUUUUGGGGGAAUAUUUUAAUUACAGAGGGCCAAUGUCUUCUGUUCACGAAUCAAAGACGAAGAGUAGACAAGGCAAUGGUGGCCCACAAUUCCGUCAGCCAUAGAUUAAAUCGAGGAAUUCUGGUUUAAAAUGCCAGGAAAAUCCAAAGCCCACGAUAGAAAACCUUGAUUUUCCAACUAAAACCCAGCUCGGUACAUUGAUAUAAGUACUGACCUCAUUGGGUAUCAUAUUAUAUUCCUUUAACUCCCUUUCUUUGCUUGUCAGGUCAGUUGUCUCCUCAAUUUUCGCAUAUGAAAGGACCGUCUGAAGGUUCUCCAUCUAAGCACAGAUCAGAAAAACUGAAACUUUCAGGAUUCGGCUUCCUUACUGAAGCCAAAAAGGUUCCUGCAGUGGAUUGUGGAGGGAUGGGAUCUUCAGAUAAUUCUCCGAAAUCUGUUCUUGGUGAUGCAGUCUCUAAGUUGGAUCGGAGACCAGAGGUGGUGGAAAGAUCAAGCAACAGCCUGAUUGUAGCUCCAAAGAGAUGUAUAAUACCACCACACAUCGUUGCAGAGGCUAUGUCUUCCUUGCAUGGAUUGGACUUGAGGUGGUCUGGUCCUAUCACUCCAUCAGAAAUGAAGUAUGUGGAGCAGUAUGUAUUGGCUCGCUACCCAGAUCAAUAUGAAGGAUGGGUUGUUGAAAAUAGCCAUAAUCUUUCCAUGCCAACAACACCCAGUUCAGAUGAUGGAUCCAUGUCUGAUGACAGGCGCAAAUCCCCCAGAAAUCCUAGGGACCUUUCUCCUUCCUUUGGAAAUAAUCUCCCUGAUCUGGGCAAAACCCAACUGGAGCCUUCAAGGCUCCUGGACAUACUCACAAAGAAGGCCUCCUUCCCUGAAAGCUCCAUAUCAAUACCAGAGAUUCAUGCCAGAAACAGAGUUCUCAGGCACUGUGGAUUGACAGAUAAUGAUUAUAUGGUGGUCUUUACACCAGGUCACAAAGAAGCCCUUAUGUUAGUAGGGGAGAGCUACCCUUUUUUCAGGGGUAAUUUCUACAUGACUGUUUUAGAAGAGGAUGUAGAUUGCAUCCGUGAAUUUGCAACCUAUAAGGAUGCCAAGGCUAUUCCUACUCCUGCAAGCUGGUUGAAUCUGAGGAUAGCAGGCUCUAUGCUUAGCCAGUAUUUCAGGAGAAAAUGCAAACAUACACCCAAGGGAUUGUUUGCUUAUCCUGCAGAAGCUAAAGGGAUUAGGUAUUCCUUGCACUGGGUUUCAGAAGCCCACAGAAGUAGUUGGCAUGUGCUCUUGGAUGCAACAGAGCUUACAGUGGGAGAAGACCAAUUGAAUCUCACUUUACACAAGCCAGAUUAUGUGCUUUGCACUCUGAACAAAACUUUUGGACAUCCUACCAAAAUAACCUGCCUGUUAGUUCGGAGGAAGUCAUUUGAUACUUCUCCACAAUUUACUUAAGAUUGUUUAUUGUCAUCAUUAUAUUUCUUUCUCUGUUUGUAUAUUUUUAACUGAUUCACCCACCAAUGCAUAGAGUGACUCUUCUAAUAUAAGAGGCAUCCAAAUCAAAUGGAGAUGUAUUUUGUAUGUAAACCAGAGUAUUUUAUCCUACUGCAAUCAGUAAUAUAUACUAGCUAUUCCUUAAGUUA